ACUGAGAUAACCAUAGUUUAUAUAUCCCUAACCUUCUAUCCAUAAUUUUCACAAAAAAAGGAUAAGAGCUAUUCGUUAUAACAAAAAACUUAAAGACCGUACCAAAAGAAGAAGCAAACGUUUUGUGUUGCAAAAUCCUAGCCGGGUAAUUACUAUUAUCUAUAUGGGUCGACCAGGUGGACAGCCGAAUGAAGCACAACCACCUCCGGUUCAACCAACGGUUAACCGGAACAACCAGGGAGAUUCCCAAAACGGUGCAAUUGGUCACCAAGCAAACAUACGAACGGGCAUACCGUUCAAUAACCAAACGCAAAAUCGCUGGAGUUCUAAUCUUUUCGAUUGCAUGAACGACAGUGAAAAUGCCGUGAUCACCUGUUUAGCUCCAUGCGUGACGUUGGGACAGAUUGCUGAGAUCGUUGACGAAGGCGCUACGACUUGUGCGACAGGUGGGUUGUUGUAUGGAGUGAUAUUUUUCAUUGGGGUGCCGUUUGUCUACUCAUGCAUGUUCCGGGCCAAAAUGCGAACCAAAUAUGGGUUACCGGAUGCUCCGGCCCCCGAUUAGAUCACUCACUUAUUCUGUGAGCAUUGUGCUCUUUGUCAAGAGUAUCGUGAGCUCAAGCACCGUGCUUUUGACCCCAAUAUUGGGUGGGCUGGGAAUGUGCAAGCACAGCAGCAAGUGAUGUCUCCUCCGACAGGUCAACGGAUGAUGGGUUGA